UUAGGCAGUUUACUGCUGUAAGAGAUGUUUUCCCCUCCACAGACAGGUGGGAGCGCGCGACUGACUCCCUGGCCAGAUUUGUCAAUUUAGUUUGGCGUUACUUCGAGUGUGAUGUGGAAGUGGAGAAUGGUGCUAUAUCUGUUGUGGUGACAGUCCAAGUGUACUCUGUAGUGCUCUGUAGCAGUGCCCCAAGGUGUGACCCCUUCCCAACAUACUACAAAAAGAGAUGUCAGAGUACGGGCGGGUGGUGAAGGGGUGUGGGGAGAAACGUGAACUGUGGGAGGACCCGGAGUUCCCUGCCUCUCAAACCUCUGUCUUCUACCACCAGACGCCGCCCUUCACCUUUCACUGGCGACGACCUAAGGAGCUGGUCCAGAACCCGGUGUUCAUCCGUGAGGACGCGUCUCAGUUCGACAUUGUCAACGGCAAGUUAGGUGACAGAUGGUUCGUGUCCUGCCUGGGCUGCCUCCAUUUGACCAAGGGAUUGUUCUACCGAGUCGUGCCCGCAGACCAGGAUUUCGACACAGAAUCAGGUUACUGUGGGGUCUUCAGGUUCCGCGUGUGGUGGUGCGGAGAGUGGAAAGAGGUGCUAGUGGAUGACCGCCUUCCUACCGUCAAUGGAAAAUUGGUUUUCAUCCACUCGCAGUCAACCAGCCAGUUUUGGCCAGCUCUUCUGGAAAAGGCUUAUGCAAAGAUCCAUGGCUCAUAUGAAGCUCUGAAGUAUGGAACAUCCCUUGAUGGUCUGUCAGAUUUUACUGGUGGGAUCGCAGAGUCGGUGAGCCUGCGAGCAGACCCAACCACGUGUGGCCGCCUCCUAGCGAAAUUGCUUGACCUGACCUCCAUAGUUACGGCUGUUGUGACGGCUCACACACACACAAAAAUGCACUCGGAAAAACUUGCCAGCGGCAUUGUUAUGGGUAUCAACUACAGAAUCUACACCAUUGAGAAGGUGGAGCGCUACAGUGGGGAGCAAGUGACGCUGGUGAGGUUAAGGACUCCUCUUGGAACAAAUGUCGAAUACCUUGGGGCCUGGGGCAGAACGGCACCAGAGUGGGAUGAGGUCCCACCUCAUGAGAAGGAGAGACUUAACCUAAAAUACAUGCCUGAUGGAGAGUUUUGGAUGGCGUACAGUGAUUUUGUACGGACAUUUUCACAACUUGAGGUAAUCCACUUAGAUGGGGAAACAUCUAGGGAUGAGCCUUCCCUCAGGCACAAAACUCCCUGGACGUCUCGAGUAUAUCAGGGGGCAUGGCAGAGAGGUGUUACAGCAGGCGGCUGCAGGAACAACCCAGAUACCUUCCACAUCAAUCCACAGCUGCAUCUAAUCCUGAGUGACAUGGAGGAGGUGGUUAUCUCCCUUAACCAACACUCGGUCAUGGAACCUAAGGUCAUUGGAUUCACAGCCUAUCCCCUCUCCAAGAACGGCCUCGACUCCAUCAGUAAAGCUUUUUUCAAAAAGAAUAAAUCUCUCGUCAACUCACAGUACACAAACAGUAGACAAGUGAGUGAGAGGAUACAGUUGGAACAAGGGGGAUACAUCAUGCUUCCCACCACCUUUGAGCCGGGUCAGGAAUCAUCCUUCACGUUGAGAGUCUUCUCUUCAAAACCUCUGAAACUAAAGUUGGUGGACACAUCACCAUCAUUGGUGAAACCUGCUCUCCUGAAGGCCCGGGGCUCUGUGGAUGGCAAGAGCCUGCAGCAGUAUGAAGCUGUUUUCUUGCAGGUUGCUGAUGAACAUCGCACUGUCAAUGCCUUUGAACUCCAUGAGCUACUUGAGGCUUGUCUACCCAAUGAUUACAUCAAAAGUUGUGCUAGCCUGGACAUCUGUCGACAAGUGAUUCUCGCCCUGGAUAGUUCCUCCACAGGUCGCCUAAGGUUCUCUGAUUUUAAGGACCUGAUGGUCAGUCUUAAAUUCUGGCAGAACUCCUUCAAGACCCACACAAAAGAGAGAACUGGCAUCCUCAAGGCAGAGAGACUGAGAGAUGCACUAGAAGAUGUUGGGUUCCAACUGAGUACAGAAGUGGUGUCGAUACUGGUGCUGCGCUACAUGAGAAAAGAUGGCACUCUGAGGUUCGGGGACUUUGUUAGUGCUAUCCUCCAUCUCUCAGUGGCAUUCAAUAUUUUUGAGAAACGAGAUCCCCUUCAGAAUGGUGCAGUUAAGUUUUCUAUGGGUGAGUGGUUGAAGAGUGCAUUGAUGUGUUGAUCACACACACACACAAGAAUAUCCCCCACUAUCAACAACUUGAACCAAGAUUGUACCUGUUUGCUCUGUAAUUUUCUCUGAAAGCUGUUACGUUCUAGACCAGGAAUGUGCAUUCAGCCUUUUCAGCUGAAGUCAAGAUAAAUAACUGUAUUGAUAUGUACCAGGGGCCAGUAGUAGUGCAGCAUGUGAUGAAAUAUACUUCAUGCAGUAUUGUGUAACAUACAAACACAUUAGUGGUACUGUAUAUAGUGUGCUACAGAACAAACACUAGAAAAUGAACUAGCAGCUGGAUUUGGCCCACAGGCCAUAGGUUGCACAUCAGAGUUCUUGGCUAUACAGUAUCAAGUAUUCUAAACCUUGGUGUGAAGUAGCUUUAAUGAUGUAUUGUAUUAUUAUACCUGUGUAAUUUUACAUAUUAGGGAGAGAGAAAGAAUUAACAGAGUUUUCCAAAAAGGGAAGAUAUGGAAUCCCUGAAGUGUUUCAUAGUGUCAAAGUGAAAGAUAUCAUCACAUGUGGAUAUUUUAUGACUAAUUUUGUAUAUUAAUUGACCAUUCAGUUUGUGUGCUUGAGUGAGUCUCUUGGAAUUAUGUGGCUGUAUUACUUGAUUACUGUAUUUUGAUAAAUUGUAAAUUUGCAUAAAAUUACUACUUUUCUUUGGUUGAGUGAUACAGUUGGCUCCAGGUGUUGCAUGAGCCAAGUUGAACUCAUCAUCCCUGUCACCUCACUCUCCAGUCAGGGUAAUUUGGAUGAGCACUUCCAAUACUUCAUUGAUACUCUUUUGAUAUAUAUAGUACAGUAGUACACAUUGCUCAUUUUGUUUUUAUAUAUGACAUAGAUUGUUAGUUGUGUAUGAUAGAUAAUAUGUUUAACACAAUUCUUAUGAUCAUAAGUAAACCAAUAAGAGUCUCAGUCCUCACAAUUGAAAAAUAUUUCCAUAGACUCUCAGUACUGCUUAUGUGAUUUUGUGCUCAUAAUUUUUUGGUUCUUGUGACAGCAAACUUUCUUAACACAGGUUUUAUUCUGGAGCCAAAAUUUUGGCCAAGUGACAAUACCCCAGCAGAGAAGGUUUAGCUUGGUCCAGAACCUUAAAAUGACAGUAACUAUAUUAUUUCCAAGCUAACCUGGCCCGUAAGACAUGCCCCUCUUCUAUAAAAAUAGCUGAUUGGUUCAAAGAAAAUAUUUGUGUGGCUGUCCAUUUAUUCAAACUAAAUAUGUUCACAAUUGGU